AUGUCUUCAGCAAAACGGCCGUUGGAAGAUCCUUCUUCUCCUUCUGCCCCGACUGACUUGCCAGACGCAAAACGCCCAGCGCUAGACAAGGUGGUCAGAGAAGAUGCUGCCGCUGAGGGAUCUGCCACUCCCAGCAGCGGUCCAGCCGAAGGCCCGAAGCCUGUUGAAAAGCACCCACUGCCAGCACCGGUCACAAAUGGAUCGACGGAGGGACAUGUUGAAGGCACCUCGGGAGCGGACGCGAAAGGAGCGUCAGCUGCUCCAUUGCCAGAGACACAGUCGCAGAAUGCUGCUUCCCAAAGCGAUCGAGCCACGUCUCAGCCUCCUUCUAUGACAUCGCAAGACGAGACAAACUGGAUUCAUAUUCGUGCAGUCAUUUCAAGUGCAGAAGCUGCGACCUGUAUCGGUAAAGGUGGCGAGAAUGUCACUCAAAUCAGAAGACUCUCUGGCGCCAAGUGCACCGUGAGUGAUUACUCAAGGGGUGCAGUUGAGCGCAUCUUGACUGUUAGUGGUGCUCAAGAUGCCGUCGCAAAGGCUUUCGGCUUGAUCAUUCGCACUUUGAAUAACGAGCCCCUCGAAGCUCCGUCAACCGCGCAAUCCAAGACCUACCCCCUGCGACUCCUGAUCCCGCACAUCUUGAUUGGCUCCAUCAUAGGGAAAUCCGGCGUGCGCAUUCGAGAAAUCCAAGAAGCUUCGGGCGCGCGCCUCAACGCUUCAGAUUCCUGCCUGCCUCUUUCCACCGAGCGCUCUCUCGUCGUCCUGGGCGUUGCCGAUGCGGUCCACAUUGCCACGUACUAUAUUGCCGUUACACUGGUUGAGCAGUUGACAGAACGAUUUGGUGGCCCUGCCGCAUCUGCUUAUGCCACAAGAAGCGGUGGUCCAGCGGGAGUUGUUCCGGGUGGAAUGCAAGUUGUGCCAUAUGUUCCCCAGCCGGCCGGUGGUCAAUACGGCCACCCAGACAUGUACAAGAGACACAACACGCAUCCACCGCAGCGUGUGCCUCCUCAACCCUAUGGCGCACCGCAAAUGCAUGGUGCUGCCCAACAGCCAUAUCCUCAGUUCGCCCAGCCGUACGCAGCGGCGACGCCACGAACUCCAAGCUAUGGGGUCGCCCCACAGCAGCCGGCAGCAUAUGGCCAAAUGCCGCCUCAGCCUGCUGCUCAUGGGCAGCCUCCCCAGCCAGCGCACGCGAUGCCAGGACAACCAAUCACACAACAGAUCUUCAUCCCUAACGACAUGGUCGGUGCGAUUAUUGGCAAGGGUGGUGCCAAAAUCAACGAGAUUCGGCAUCUCAGUGGGAGCGUCAUCAAGAUCAACGAACCGCAAGACAACAGCAAUGAAAGAUUGGUCACCAUUACCGGGACGCAAGAAUGCAAUCAGAUGGCAUUGUACAUGCUUUAUUCGAGGCUAGAGAGCGAGAAACAUCGGAUCUAG